AUGCCGCUCGCCGUCCUCGCCGAUGCCAACACCAGCGAGGUGGACGCCGUGGACGAUUCCGGCUCCUUCCCCCUCCUCGUCUCCGGUGACCUCCCGUGGGCGGAGCCCCUCAACGUGCUCGCUAGCCAGCUCGCCGUCCUCGCCGACGGCAACACCAGCGAGGUGGACGCCGUGGACAAGGCCGUCGACAAGCUCGCGGCGCUCCUCGAAGCGGCAACGGCCCAAGAUGUCGGGGACGAUAAGGCGGCGGCGCGCGCCGCGGCGCGGGAGGUGGAGAAGCGGACGGAGGAGCUGGCUGCGCUGCUGGACCGUCUGCCUGACGCCGUCAACGGCGUGUUCCACGCGGCUCUGCACCUCCGUGCCGUCAAGCUGGGCAGUUUCGCCGUGGGACAUGCCGAGCUGGGCAUUACCAGUAGCUCCGUCUGCUGCAGCCCCACGGACUACCGUGUUGACCAAAACAAGAAACAAAACAAACAAAACGAAUCGGUACAUGGCACUUUGCCGUAA